AUGACAGGGUUAUAUGGCAGCUUCACCUCCCCCCACUUCCCCCAGCCAUACCCUGACAACCAGCUCAUAACAUGGAACAUCUCUGUCCCAGAGGGCCACAGGGUCAAACUCUACUUCAGCCACUUCAGCAUGGAGCCCUCACACCAGUGUGAAUAUGACUACGUCCAGGUUUUGGCGGAGGGAAACGAAACCCUGCGUUUCUGUGGAGAGGAAGAGAAGAACUAUGAAAGCAGCCCGAGGAACACCGUCAUCCUGUCAGCCGGGCGCCUCAUGUCGUUGGUCUUUAGGAGUGACUACUCUAACGAGGGCCGAUUCACGGGCUUCCAAGCGUUUUACACCGCAGAAGAUAUCAACGAGUGUGAAUCGAAGAUAGAUAUGGAGAAAGUGUGUGAUCAUUUUUGCCACAAUUACAUAGGCGGAUAUUACUGCACUUGCAAACAAGGGUACCUUCUCCAUGACAACACAAGAUCCUGCACAGUGCCAUGCCUCAGCCAGGUGUUGACCUCGCUGUCGGGGGUUCUGACCAGUCCGGGCUACCCGAACCCUUACCCCCCCAUGAGUCAGUGUGAUCACACCAUAAGUCUGCCAGAGGGCCACAGAAUAACCCUGGACUUCCUGGAGCCCUUUGACGUAGAGGGACACUCGGAUGUCCCUUGUCCAUACGAUAUGUUGAAGAUUUCGACAACUGGACAAGAGUAUGGACCCUUUUGUGGAUCAACAGCACCCGGUCGGUUUGACACAGGAAGUUACCAAGUGCAUGUUGUGUUCAGAUCUGACUCUAGUGGGAAGAACAAGGGAUGGAAGAUCAAGUAUACCAGUAUUAAGACUGGAUCCUGA